UUCAGUGUGUUGAUGUUUAUCACAAACUCUCUGUUUUGUAAAUUUAGUUCAAAGUUGGAAUUUCAAUGACUCAGUGUUUAUCAGCGUGGUUGUAAAAUGACAGUUUGUCAAUUUCAAGGUUUCCACUUCUACUGAGGAUACAGCUAACUGGGACUGGCUCUGUAGUGUAGUAAGACUCCCAACGCAUAUUAUUUGCUCUGAUGUGUUGAAUUCGACUCUGCCAAGUGAAAUUUCUGAGGGAAAAAUAGUGAUGAAUCUAUCAGUAAUUGCAAGCUGCUGCGUAUCAUAGCACCUGCUAGUCUCCGUUCAAGACUGUUGCAGUAUUUAAUCAUGUCUGGAGCUGUGGGUCUCCUGGCUGAGAUAACAUUAGAUCAAGUUGGAAGCUGCGGUCUCUCCUCAAGCCCAAGCUCAACUUUGACCUCCAACCGCUCAGGGGUCAGCCAUACUCAGAAACCGGCCGAGGGGAUCAUGAACUUCAGUAAAUCGGAUCUUCUGAGACUACUGGGACUCUUGGAGGCAGAGCUUCAGGCAAGAGAGUUAGUCAUAGCUAGCUUGAAGGCCGAGCGAACAAAGCUUCUCCGACCCUCUAACGGCCAGCAGCGGUACACCAUAGCCAACCCCUACACCGCCCUAGGACGGGAUGUAGACGGUAAUGGGAAUACCAAUAAUAGCAGUAAUGGAGAGGAUUGCAAGGAGGACCAGGGGAGUAACAAUGCUCUGGCCUACCUAGAAGCCAUGGUGGCCAAACAUAAGAAAGCUGAAGUAGAGAUGAGUGGCCAAGUGAAGGGGUUGAAGGAGAGCCAUGCUAAGAUGGUGGUGGAUCUAGAGGAAGAAAAGAGGAAACAUGCGCAUGAUACGGCCCAAGGGGAUGACGUCACCUACAUGCUGGAAAAGGAGAGAGAGCGGCUUGCGCAGCAGCUUGAUUUUGAGAAAGCCCAACAGAAGAAGCUUGAGAAAGAGAAUAAACGCUCCCAAGUGGCCCUAGUCCAGGAACGGAAGAAGCACCUGCAGUUUGCCAAGGUCAUCCUAGAUGAGCGGAAGGUCCUCCUGAUGGAGCUGGGUGAGAUGAAACAGAGGAUGGAAGAACUGGAAGACAUGAUGAUUGUGAAGGAAACUCAGCUUGGGACCGCCAAGGCCUGCAUCCACAAGGAGCGGAAGAGGUUCACCAAAAUGGAAGCUGGGAUAGAGAUGCGGCUGUCCGAGUUUGACAUCGAGCGGGAACAGCUCCGUGCCAAACUCAAUCGGGAAGAAAAUAGAACUCGAGAGCUAAGAGAAGAGCUAGAUGUAGCCAAUAACUGUAUGAAUGACCUACAGUUGUCCUUAGCAGAAGCAAGACAUACUGAUGCCUCCAAUGGGAACCGCGAGAAUCCCACUUCUGCCACCAAUGGAAGAGAUGGUAGAGCUAAGCCUCUUGGAAGGGUUACUGGAUCUCCUAUUUCAGCAGCAAAAGCAGGGAAGAUUGGUACACCAAGAGGAAUUAGAACCCCUCCGAGGUCAGAUAAAUCUGAGGGGUCUUCCUCUGGAUCUGAGGAGCUCUAUAGUCCCAUGAGUCCUACACACUCUAAGCCAAUACCAGGAAGGCCUCAGAAGAGCGCUUACCAACCGCAGUAUGGUUCAUCUGGGAAACCCACUCCCAGCAGUAACUCUGAAACCAGGAGUGUGGAAAAUGAAAGUGGAAAGACUGAAGUGAGGUCAUCUGUGAAGCAUAAAGGAUCUCUACUGUAUUCUAAGGGAAAUGGGAAGACUUUGAGUCCAGCAACAAGUCUUGAUAGGUUGAACAGUAGAACAAAUACGUCAUCACCGCCACCACUGAGAGGCAGUAAAAUCCCUUCUAGCACAGGGAGUGCUUCUAAGGGAUCUCAUAAUGUGCUGUCACCUCAGCAGAACAGAAAAGGCUCCAUUGAAAUGGAAAGGCCAGCACAGCAGAACAGAAAAGGCUCUGUUGAAAUGGAAAGGACAACAUCUCAAAGAAGCCUCCAACCAAGUACACCGUCUCCAAAACCUGCAGCUACAAGUUUAGUAAGACCUACAGCUCUCUCUGGUUCCCCAUUUAUGAAAGCAGCAGAUGCCUUUAAAGCCGGUGCUAAGAAAGCAAUACCAUCAGGGCUUCCAGGACAUCAAUCUCAAAUUGCUUUUCAAUCCCCAUCCAAAGUCGGCUCAUCAAUCGUCCCUAAAGCAGCUGUCUCACCUUUAGUAAAUACAGCCAAGAAAUCCUCACAGCAACCCUUGAAGCCACCAACACCCACCCAGCCGACAGCACCUCUUUCAAAAGUCAAUCCACCCAGCCCAGCAAAUGUGUCUUCCAACUUGGCAAGCACCACAGUCGCCGCCAGCGGCCAGCCGGCCAAAGUCGGAACGCAGCAACCUCCAGUGUUCACACCUCCUGCUAAGCGCACUGUCUCCCCAAGAGGUACCCCACCACCUGUACCGCCAAACAAGCCUACUCUCAUACCACAAAAGACUAACGCUUCUUCUUCUUCUUCAUGCACUUCUACUACCACUAUCACUUCUGCCACUGCAACUCCUGUCAGUAAAUCGGACUCCAACAGGAACUCUUGUCCUCCGACCCCUCCGGUGCGGCGGUCGGAUUCCCUAGUGGAGGCCCGCAGACAGUUUUACACCAACAAGCUCGGUGGUAGUCCAACUAACCCAAGGGGUGCACUGGAUAACCAGAUGCUUCUCAGCGCUGCUAACAUCAAUUCCAACAACUCAAAUGCUAUUGACACCUUUGCCAUUGACACUAACGAUGAUUUAGCAUACAGCGAGGGUCCACAUUUUCAAAAGAGUGCCCAAGACCAGAGCCCCACGCAGAAAUCCACAACCCAGGUGGGUGACGACACAGUUUUAAGGCACAGCGGGGCCCCGCCCAUUCAUAGCGAUCAUGGCUUUUACCAUAACACCCUAGGCCCACAACCAGAAGGUAGCACCCCAGUUAUAGCCCGGCUUCCCCCUUCCACUGCACCCACCAGCAGCUCCCCACUGCACCAGGCCGCAGUGGCAGGGGAUACGGCCACCGUUUGUAGAUUAAUAGAAGAGAAACACAGUCCCUGUAGCAGAGAAAUUGAUGGCUCUACCCCUGUACAUAUUGCAGCUGAACACGGCCAAUUAGAUUGUUUAGAAUUACUUUUAGAUCUUGGAGGUGAUGUUAAUAUAGCUAGAAUAGAUGGCUUCACACCGCUACAUGGGGCUGCUGCUCAAGGCCAUGAUAGCUGCUUAGAUUUACUCCUUGAAAGAAACUGCAACCCUUGCACCCCAGACUCCCUCGGAUGGCACCCUCUUCACUGGGCAGUAGCCAACGGUCAUUCUAACUGUGUCAGAACCCUUAUUGACUGUGGAGCAACUAGAGACUGUCUCACUAAGGCUGGAUGGACGCCCUUACACUGUGCAGCAAGAUACAACCACACAAAGUGCCUCCAAGUACUGCUCUACCAUAAAACAAAUGCUAGUCCCGAUGAUCCCACUCCUGCCACUAAUACUCUUCCAGAUAACAACAGCCAAUCAGAUGAUAGGCUGGUGGUGUCUGAGGUGCUCAAUAUGGCCGACCAAGAAGGAUGGACGGUGGCUCAUGUUGCGGCUUCAACGGGACAAAAAGAAUGUCUGGAGAUGCUGUGUAACUAUGGCAACCUGGACUUAGACACUAAGGACAAAUGGAGGAGAACUCCAAGUGAUGUGGCAACAGAAUCCUGCAAAGAAUUCCUCUUGAGUUUAGAAGGAAAGGCGGUCCAAGUAUUGAUGGAACUGGCCGGAAACACAAGCAACUCACUCAGUAAUCAGAAGGAACAGAAUCGUCACUUUGUGAUUGGUCAGUUAACGGUACGACCUGACAUGACCUGGAUGACCUUUGACCGCUGCAUGGCAUCUGUAUUGGCCAAUCACUCCAGGGAUUUGGAAGGCUGUGGUCGACUCAAGUCCGAUCAUGAAAGUGAAAGCGAUAAAUGUAACUCAGAUGAAGCUGUUGAUUACGGCCAUGACUUAGGACUCAAUGCUAAUAGCAUCCAAUCAUUCGUUGCAGGUAACUUACAGUGGUCUGUGGGUGAUGGCCCUAAGAGCAUGCGACCUUAUGAGAUAUUCAGUUUGACCUCUGAGGUCAUAGUUCAUCUCCGUGGGAUUGAGGUCGGAGGAGUUGACCAGCUGGCUUAUCAGAUGCUCAUUCCAUCGGCCACACUACAGAACUACAUCAGAUUGAUUGAGCAGUACAAGAGCGUUGUUUUCUAUGGGCUUCCUGGCAGUGGAAAGUCACACUUAGCGUCACAGUUGGCUGAGUUUGUCCAGACUAAGUAUUAUCAGUUGAACAUCAAGAGUCAUGUGACCCACCUAGUACUUCAAUCCAAGACAACCCAACAGGAGAUAACCAAGCUGCUUUGUAGCAAUGGUGUAUACGUCCCACUCAGUGACGUCACAGCAUCUAAAACAGUACCAAUCCUAGUAUUAGACAACCUAGAAAAGACCACUCUACCAGGGGUGUUAUCAGAUCUACUCAAGGGUCUAGAGCAAAGAGGCUCUCAACGAUCUCUUCAGGUAUCAUCCCCACAAGGCAAUGGACCGUUCCAUCUACACCCAGAGUGUAUCGUCAUUGGCACCAUGGAUAAAAACAGCUUGGGGUUAGAUCUCUCCACUCAGCAUUGUUUCCGUUGGGUACAGUUCCAUCAUGACAAAGAGCCAGUUGCCAGCAUGCUACCCCGCUACCUCCUACGACGUCUCAUCAACCACACCAACGGCAAACUCCCUUCCUCUAAUAACCAAUCCUACAGAGCCAUGGAGUGGAUCUGUAAUGUAUGGCAGAGACUCAACGACUGUUUCCUGAGACUCAAAUUAGAGCACACUGCACUUGGACCUAAGCAAUUCCGUGCCUGCCCUGUGGAUUCGGAAGGGCCUAACUCAGUUUUCAGAUGGUUUUGUCUGUCCUGGAACCAUGCUAUUGCACCCGGUAUUGAGGAUGCCCUUCGAAAGAAUAACUCCCCAUCCUCUAAUUCUCAUAAUUAUCAACGCCUUGCUAGCACCACGCUCUAUGUCCUGUUACAGCGGGCAGUGUUCCCUGGUUGUCCUUUUACCGGUGAAGAAGCCGAAGAUUAUAUGUCUAGUUUCCGAGGCGUGAAUGAAGUGAUAACCCAGCUAACAUCCCAUAAGACUGGAAGCUUGAAACGACCUCGACGGAGUAAGAGUCUAGAUCGUAGUAAGACGAGUAACAAGGCUGCACUGAUUGCCAGCAAACAGCAAGCUGCUCUGGACUUGGAUGGACCUCAUACCGAUUUACAUCGUAGUACAAGGUCGAUGAUUCCCAGGAGAGUUCCAAAGCCGUACAACAAAAUCGGUACCAGUGACAGCAAUAGUAACUUGGUGAGCUCCAGCCAGCCAGACUUGAUUCCAUCCUCCCCGAUUGAAGACAGUGACCUCCUAGAAUCCCUAGUGCAGCUCCAAGGCUGCCAGCUAGACUCCCAGAUGGAUCAACUCACACAGCUCCAAGAGAACCUCUUCGGGAAGGCCAGUACCUCCCUAGGAGUGACUGGGAUGACCAAGAGGAAGAGUGACUCUCAGAGUAGAGGCGAGAAGCAGAUGAAGAGGUCCAGCCUGGAGGAUACUGUGUCCACAUCUUCAACGGCAACAUCACCAGGGCAACAUGGGAAGAAGAGGAGGAGUAAAGAUGAGGAUGGAGUGUGGGAUGUAUGGGAGGAGACGGUUUAGAAGAAGCAGAUAAAGAGGUCCAGCCUGGAGGAUGCUGUGUCCACGUCUUCAACGGCAACAUCACCAGCAGGGCAACAUGGGAAGAAGAGGAGGAGUAAAGAUGAGGAUGGAGUGUGGGAUGUAUGGGAGGAGACGGUUUAGACAUCUUUUCAAGUUUCAUCUGCAAUCAUUCUUGGAGCACGUUGUCAUAAGUGAUGUUGGCAAGAUAUGGUGGAAUGAGAAAUAAUUAGUUGAGGGGGAGAUGGUUUAAUUGAGAGGAGGCAGAUUAGAAAUGGGUUUAUCAAGUUAAUUGCAAUAGCAUUCAGUAGUCUGACCCCAUUGUGGUAUAAUGAGCAACAGUGUAAAAUAUCAGUGUUCCACACGGGGAACCAGACAGGUCUAGCAUUACUCUAUGCUGGUGUCUUAGGAGCAUAUUUUUAGUCUAACCCUGCAACUGAUUUCACAAAACGCUAGGAUUAAUCCUAUCAGAAAAGAGUUACCCGUCCUAACUUCUGAUGGGUUCAAUGCG